UAGGUAUUUGUUUUGAUGCUAUUUUGUAAAUAAAAAUGGAAUGCGUUUUGGACGAAGAGUUGCUGGCCAAUAUAAAGUGCAGCGACCAGGAGGAUGGCGACGAGGACGACGACAAGAUGCAGAUGGAGGAGGAGCAGCUGCCGCCGCCCGAUCCUACGGCCCGAAGUGGAGCCUCCUUCAACGGCGAGGACUCGGAUCCGCUGCAGGAGACCGCUGGCAACUGCCAAUUUCCCUGGAACUUUGAGGACGCGGAUGUGCUGAUUGCGGAGGAUCAGCUGGCGGACAUGGUGCUCAAAAGGGAGGAGGAGUCUCUCCGGCCACCGGCGCCCAAACGGGGACGUGGACGCCCAGCCUUAAAUUCCGGAAACUACACUUCCUCCUCCGGUCAGCAGUGGAGUGUUUCCAGGAAUCCCGAGCUUUCUGGCGAGGAUCUGCCGCUCCUGGGGCAGCAGGCCUGCGGCAAGGGACCCGCCCGCAGUGUCUCCAACGCCGUCGAGGCCUGGAUGCUGCUCUUCGACGACGAAAUGCUGAGAUCCCUGCUCCGGCAUCUCAACGAACAAAAGCGCAUGCGGAGAACGGAGCGACCGCUGGACAUUGUGGAGCUGCGGGCCUUUCUGGGCCUCAGCUACCUCGGAGGCGUCUUCCGGAAUGCCCGGCACAGUGGGCCGCUGGAGGAGCUGUGGACUUUGGAGCUGGGAAAUGCCAUCUUUCGGGCCUCCAUGACGCUCGCCCGCUACGAGAGCAUUUGCGAGUGUCUGGCGGGGAAUAGCGGCUGGUCCGAGGGCCAGAAGCUGUGGCAGCGUCUCCUGAUCAACUGCCGCUCCUACUACGGCUGCAGUAGUUGGCUCUGCCUGGAUGAAGCCUCCUCCGCGGUGGCCAAAUCCCGCAUGAGCCUCUGCUGCGAUGCCAGAACCUUGUACAUGGUUAAUGCGGUGGUGAGCAGGAAUCAGCGGUUUCUUGACAAAGAUGUGGAGCAACUGAUCUGCGACUUCAAGACGACGGGCAGGAAUGUCACCCUGGGAGCGAGGCAUUUAAAUCUGGAACAAUGCGAGCAGCUGGCCAAGCGGCAAAUCAGCUCUCUGGGAAUGCUGGAGGCGGAUUCACCUGAUUGGCCGCGUCACUGGCCCUGCGAAUCAUCAGUCUUCAGUGGAUCCUCUAAGCUUAUACCCCUCGAUGGCGAAGCGGUUUUAAGCUGCGGUUUGAGCUCCCAAGUGGAUGCCCUGCAGGCCUUUCAGCAGACCUCGCAGGCCUGCCAGCAGUUCCAUGAACUCUCGCAGCGUUUUAGCACCGCCAAUGCCACGCCUGCUGCUCUGCGAAAGCAGCCGAAUCCCUUCCUGCAACUCCUGCACUUUGUGCUCAAUGCGGCGGCCGUGAAUGCCUGGAUUUUGCUGCGACUUUCGCCCAAAGGCGAGGCGGCGAUGGAGCAGCGCGACUUCCAGCGGCAGCUGGGACUCUUCCUCACCCAGCAGCGACUGCAGCGACGCCUGCAGCGCAGAUCCACGAGCACAUCGCUGGUGAUGCGGCUGCAGAUCUGCGAGAUUCUGGGCCAGUCCAGUCAGCGGCUGCUCAGCGAGGCGGCCGGCGAGGCCAAACUAACGCACAGCGUGGGCGUGCUGACGCCGGAGAAGAUGAGCCUCCCGCUGGGCGUCAACCUGGCCAGUCGCUAUGGCGAGAAGCAUCGCAGGUGCAAGCCCUGUGCGCGGAACAAGCGCGGCACCAAAUCCCGGACGCGCUGCCAGCAGUGCCUGCAACAUCGAUGCGGCAAUCAUCUAAUCUCCCGCUGCUACGAGUGCGUGGGAAUUCUCCCGGGUCAGGAGUUACCCGAGGGGAACAUGAGAUAA